GCUAUAGCCUCUACUCUUGAUGUCAGUAUCAGAACUAACUUUACUUUUUGGAGUAACUCCACUUUCUCCUUUAUAGAGAAAUUCUAACUUCAAAUUUGUAUAUAGAGACUCCUAACUUUUUUUCACACUCUUCUAUCACUGAAUAUUGAAUUAUGUUUCCUAUCUACUGUUCCUCUGGGCAACACAAUGCAGACAAUCUCAGUCUGAGUUGUGAGGGGAGGCUAAAUGCCUGAAGGGAGAGAACAAAAGACUGCUGUAAAUGAAAGCUCAUCCACUACAUAAUGAGGACAUACAAAAGAAGACUGCCUUGAGGUCCAACUGAAAAGCCUUUUUCAAAGGAAUAAAAUGUGUGUGAUUAUAUACAGUAGUUAUGUGGCAAUAACCAAAUCCAGUCUCAGCUUACAUCUGCUUGCUUCUGUCCAGAUCUUUUACUCUGAUUUCACAAUUCAUUUGUGGUUUCCUGUUUCCUGAGGGACAUGUUGUUUUAUCUGAAGCCUGAAGAAGCUAAGCCUACAGCUCUCAUCUCUGCAGCGUUGGACGGAAACCCGCUUCUAUGUGACGUCAAUUAAACCAAGAACGGACCAUGCAUCAGAACCACUCCACGGACCACGGGACCACUCUCCGUGGCGGGAAAAGGGCUCAGCUCGAGCUCUCCCCCGAUGCCAUCAAUAGUUGGACAUCCUCAAAAUCCCAACAGUAUCCUGCCAAAACGCAGCUACCCAGCAGUUCCUUCAUCCCCACCAUCAAUGCCAUCACGUCCAGUCAGGAGCUGCAGUGGAUGAUCCAGCCAGCCGUCCUAGCCUCCAAGCCUGGCCACUGCCUACGCUCUCACCCCUACCAGCCCCUGGACAUCAGCAGUAGCCUGGGGCCUGGGAGCCACACAAGGCUCGGGGUAAUACGGACAGUGGGCAACACGCAUGGAAGGAGCAGGCGGAGUGAUCAGUUGAACCCAGCUGAAGAGGAGAGGAGAAGGUUGAGGAGAGAGAGGAACAAGAUGGCUGCUGCCAAGUGUCGCAACCACAGGAAGGAGCUGACCAACCAACUGCAAGGAGAGACUGAAGAACUGGAGAAAGCGCAGGCCAGCUUGAAGACCCAGGUUGAGAGGCUCCAGGAGGAGAGAGAGAAGCUGGAGCGCAUGCUGGUGUCGCAUGCCCCAGUGUGUCGACUGGGCUGUGACGGCCAUCCCCAGGCCCAGCCACUGCCCCCUCUCGCCCUGACCAUGUACCCCACAGCCACCUCCCCCCUGGCCCAACCCCUGAGGCCCCCUCCCGCGGUAAAGCAGGAGCCCCAGGAGGAGAUGCUGUUCUCCUUUCACCACCAUGAACACUGCGCCAUCAAACCCACCUAUUGCCAUGUAGAAGAGUACUGUCCCAGUGUUGACUGCUUCACCACCCCAUCCACGGUGAGCUGCAGCCCGGCCCAUGUUGUGGAUCUAUCCUGUCCCAUGCUGUCUCACCACCACCCCAGCCAGGGUGAGCAGGAUAGGUCUGAGUCCUCAUUCCGGGAAGAGGCCCUUCCCAACGACUUGCUCUCCAAGCCUCUCCCUGGCAGUGACAUUAGUCUUGAGGAUGGACUACUGGGACCAAGAUUCUCCCCCACCUUGUUGACUCUGUAGGGCAAUGAUUUACACUAAAGUGAACAAAUGUAAUGAACAGCAAUAUACUGUACUUUAGUCACUAUGGUAUGUUCAGAUGCUAUUCUUUGAAAUACUUGAACAUCGACUGAUUUGGUCUGCCUGGUACAAUGGAACCAAUGGAAUCGUCCCAAAAGUACAAACUCCAAGCUAAGGCCUAGAUUCAAUCAGAUCAAGAGUCAAACGGUGAUAGCAGACACCCGAAUAACGGAUGUUUUGGCUGUCAGAGGUGAAACUGCAUUGGAGCUGUCAAAUCGGUGAGCAGCUGCUCUUGCGAUCAUUUGUCACGAAGCCUCAUCCGUCCCCACUCGCUUUGGAAGUUCAGAGCGAGAAAGUGUAGGCUAUAUAGAAAUAAUUACGCUCAAAUUGAAAAAUCAUGACACUAUAUAAUGAGGAUUUCUAUCAGCCUAAUUGAGGUGUAGAUUCCAUCUCCCAUUCCAGUGUUCCAACUUGGAAACAAGGCUGCAUGGGAUUUCUGUUAAUGUGACUCGGUGAAGCCAAUGGCAAUGUCUGCUUUAGGUAUAAUGCCUGGAGCCAUCUGACAGCUCUAACAGCAGUUCCACCUCUGACACCACCAAAACAAUCGCUAAGCUGAUGUCGCUAAAGCGGAUCUGAUUGAAUAGAGCACUUUAUCAAGCACAGACUAGGCUAUAGGAGAGGAUUCUUUCCUUGUAAGAGGAAGAUAAAGGUUUAACUAGAUAUUCUCUGUUAAUCAGAAAUGAACAACACAAUCCCUUUACAAGUUUGGCUCUUGUCAAUACUUCAAUCAUAUCCAUUUUUAAACUGAAAAUUGAAUGACUGGUAGUUUGGUUUGUUAGACACUAGAUGGUGUUGCAAGACAUUGCCUGGGCACAACUCUGUAAAGCACUACUGUAAAUCUCAAUGGCAAAUAUUUAUUAACCAUUAGUCCUGUUUAGUAUUUAAUUAAACAAUUGCUAUGCCAUUUAUUAAAGCCAAUCUGUAUGUAGAAGCCAUUUUCUGAUUUUAAGUUGGAGUAAUGGGUUGUCACGGCGACGCUGACAAUUUUUCUACAUUCCAAUGCAAUAUGAACACAUUGCAACAUUACUGACCGUACAUCUGAGGUAUAAGUGUCAAAGCAAUAUUGUCAUCAACAAUGAUUUGCUAUAAUGUUGAGCUUUGUAUUUAUCUCAUAUUGUGUGUUAUUCAUUCUUGAUGGUUUUCAUUAGGUUUCAAUGUAUUAUUUGAGGCAGUACAAUAAAUGAAUAGGAAGAGUAUUUGUUGUAUAGUUUGCUGUGAGAAACAUAUUUUAAAAUAUGAAUUGCUGGCAGGAUGAUCAUAAUAUAUAAGACCUCUCUGUGAGAAUACAGACUCUGGGGACAAAACGUUAUCUACAUAUGAUGCAUUUGUAACAGCUACAUAGAGCAUUAUUAAAGCUUUACAAUGCAUUAAACUUG